AUGUUAUCUCAAACGCAAGGCUGUUUCGACUUUCCAUUUAAACUCACGUUUCAAAGCAAACGACAGCUUACGUUAAUCGGCUUCGCCAUUCGUCGCUUCGUCGUCGGAAUCAACUAUGCCAUCGUUAUUCCGUCGCUAUGGUUCUACCUUCAGUCGUUCGGCGCGCCGUAUUAUUUCCUGGGACUAGCAAUUGCAGCCGACUCGAUUGUCGGAGUUUUAGUCGCGCCGAUUGUCGGUAAGAUCGCCGACGUCACGCGUCGUAUCCGUGCUAUUGGAGCCAUCACAAUUUUUCUAGAUUUCGUAGGAAAUAUCGUAUACGCCAUACCGAUACAUGUCUAUAUGCCAAUCUUAGGUCGUUGUAUUUCGGGUAUCGGCGCCGGCUACGUCUCGGCACUUUACGGCGAGGUAUCGCGCAUUACGACGCCCGCCGAACGUACACGGAUAGUUACGAUUUUGGAAGGAGUUCGUCUGCUCGGCAUCACAAUCGGUCCUUCGUUUAAUUUCUUUCUACAAAAUUUUAAUUUCUACAUCGGGCCUUGGAAAAUCGAUAACCGAACAGCGCCCGGGUUUUUUAUGGCCAUUCUGUGGAUUCUCGUUGGCAUAAUUCAUCUGUUUACGGUUUAUAAUCUUACGAAAGACUACAGACAUUUGGAAGAGGAAUUUUUAGAAAAUGGCCACCCCGACGAGAAGAGCGAAAAGGGUUCGAGUUACGAACCUGGAGUACCUCAAGGUUCCCACGAAGAUCGCAGAAGGUCAUCUCUGGAUCUCAGAAGUUCGCGUGGAUCACCUGUGGAUUCAGUGGGAGCACGUGAUGAUAAGAGGGGAUCUUUUUACCUACACGAGGGAUAUUCGAGCGAAGAGGAAGUCACAGAAGAGUUGACGUAUUUUGAUAUUCUGAGAUCACAGAGGCAACAACAGGGCAAGGAAAAGACAAAGGGUGGUCGAAGCGUUUUUGAGGGAAUUAAGACAGCUCUGUCACGCUCUGAACUUGUCGUACUUUUCCUCUCGCAGUUUGUAAUGUAUUUUAACCAGAGUUCGUUUGAAACUCUCGCCCCUUUGAUUGGAGUGGAGUUAUUCGGCUUUACUAUAACAUAUCUAAGUAUUCUCUACGUCGCUGCCGGAAUUGAACUUGUUGUAGUGAUCGUACUAGUAUGGUUCGUCUCGCAUCACAUCGCUGACCGGAAUCUACUGCUUGCGUCAAUUGCCAUGGGAACCGUCGGUGUGUUCGCGCAACUGGGCGUGGCAUUCUCGCAGCCCCGAUCGUCCGGAGGACUGGUGUUGGCCUUAGUGAUGUCGUUCUUUAUGUUGCUAGCUACGCCGAUCACGAGUAUCGUCGGGAAAUCUUUGCUAUCAAAAAUAACGCCCGUAGAAGAUCAAGGAUUCUACCAGGGCUUGCUUGCCUCGACCCAACAGCUUGGGCUCAUAUCUGGACCGCUCGUGGGAAGUGCACUGUUUACAUAUCUAAUACAGUUUAGCUCGACAUCGCUAUUUGUAUUUGUGUUUCUGUAUGUUCUUACUCUAACAACCAUGGAUAAAUUGGUUGGUGUUACAAGUCUCGACGUGGACGCUAAUUAG